AUGAUUAGAAAAGAGAAAAAGAAUUCGACCUUAACUUAACCAACCAUAACCAAUAAAUAUUUUUAUUUGAAAUGUCUAAAAACAUUACAUUACAUUUAUUGUUAAAAUAUAAUAAAUUCAGACUCAUCUAUAGCAAUAAACACAAAUUGCUUCCAAUAUUUCAUCCCACCAGACGAAAAUAUUCCCAAUCUACAGAAGUGAACUUUGCAGAAAUACCUUUAGAUCGAAUAAGGAACUUUAGUAUAAUUGCCCAUGUGGAUCAUGGAAAGAGUACUUUAGCAGACAGACUCCUUGAGCUAACUGGUACUAUUAAAAGUGGACAAAACCAAAUUUUAGAUAAGUUACAGGUGGAAAGAGAACGGGGUAUCACAGUGAAAGCUCAAACGGCAUCUUUAUUAUAUAAAUAUAAGGGGGAAGACUAUUUAUUGAAUUUAAUAGAUACUCCUGGACAUGUAGAUUUCUCAAAUGAGGUUUCUAGAUCACUUUCAGCUUGCCAAGGAGUAAUCCUUCUAGUAGAUGCCAAUGAUGGUGUUCAGGCACAGACUGUAGCAAACUUUUACCUUGCUUUCAUGAAUGAAUUGGUUAUAAUACCUGUUUUGAACAAAAUAGAUUUAAAAAAUGCAAAUCCUGAAAGAGUCUGCCAACAGUUACAUUCUCUGUUUGAUAUUGAUGCAAAAGACGUACUCAAAAUUUCAGCAAAACUAGGACUUGGCAUUGAUGAUGUACUACAAAGGAUAAUCACAAAAGUUCCUUGCCCAAAUGUGAAUAGGUCAUCACCACUAAGGGCUCUUUUGUUUGACUGUGCCUAUGAUAGGUAUAGAGGUGCCCUUAAUUUAAUCUACCUCCAAGACGGAUGCAUUUCUCUGGGAGAUUCCAUAGCAACUUUUUACAAUAAAAAGGAGUAUGAAGUUAAGUCACUUUCUGUUCUUAGACCUGAUGAAGUUCCAGUACAAAAGUUAGUCGCAGGUCAAAUAGGCCUUAUGGGUUGCAACAUGAGGUCCACAAAAGAAGCACACAUUGGAGAUACAAUCCAUCACAGUGGUGCAGAAAUAGAACCAUUAAAAGGCUUCAGGCCAUCUCGUCCUAUGGUAUUUGCUGGAAUAUACCCAAUGGAUCAGUCACAACACAUAAAUUUAAGAAGUGCCAUUGAUAAAUUGACUUUAAAUGAUUCUGCUGUUAGUGUUGAAUUAGAUACAAGUCCAGCUUUAGGUCAAGGUUGGAGACUGGGGUUUCUGGGACUGCUUCAUUUGGAAGUGUUCACUCAAAGAUUGACACAGGAAUAUGACGCCGAACCCAUAAUCACGGCCCCAUCUGUUACUUACAAAAUCAAAUUAAAACCUACCAAGCAAAAUAUAAAAGAUGGAUCAGAUGUGAUCUUUAUUAACAAUCCAGCCAAUUUUCCAGACCAUCUUAAAAUAGAGGAAACGUUUGAGCCUAUGAUUAUUGGAACAAUAAUAACCCCGGACAAGUACUUGGGACCCGUCAUAUCACUGUGUAUGGAACGUAGGGGGAUCCAGAGAUCUGCAAAUAAUAUAGACAAUGAAAGAGUUAUAUUACAAUAUGAACUACCACUUUGUGAGGUUGUCUUAGACUUCCAUGAUACUUUGAAGACAAUUUCUUCAGGAUAUGCCAGCUUCGACUAUGAGGAUAAUGGAUACCAAAGUAGCAAUUUAGUUAAGUUAGCCAUACUGUUAAAUGGAACUCUGGUGGAUGAAUUAAGUAACAUAGUUCAUGUAACAAAGGCCAAAACCAUAGGACGACAGAUGGUACUGAAAUUAAAAGACAUUAUUCCUAGACAGUUAAUACAUAUAGCAAUCCAAGCUAGCGUAAAUGGUAAAGUGAUGGCCAGGGAGAACAUUAAGCCAUAUAGAAAAGAUGUCACUGCUAAACUUUAUGGUGGCGAUAUUACCAGAAGGAUGAAACUGUUAGCCAAUCAAGCAGCAGGUAAGAAGAAAAUGAGAAUGGUUGCCAAUAUUUCCCUUCCUAGAGAAACAUUUAUUGAUGUCUUACGGAAAUAAAUAUAUUUUUAAAAUUUUAA